CUCUUCUUCUUCGCUCUCCUCCUCAUCCGUAAGCGUCCCUGACAGAAUAUGCAGACGUGUCCAUCUUGUUCAUCUCGAUCCUGAUCGAAGUUUUGGAAAGUUUGAGCAGUGAGCAAGCCUCAGCAUCCUGGAAGUGACCAAAGUUCACAGAACGUUUACCGCCCUCAUACUUAUAUCGAUAACGUGCGGACCAUGGCUUCCUUGGAGUCUCUGUUCAAAGCAAUCGGAGCCGGCGACACCGAAACGGUUCGGGCACUCCUGUUAGCCGACAAAUCGCUCACGUCCCAGAAACACCGUGACGCAUCCCUCAAGUUUGAAGCGGAUGUGGAACUUGAUGCCUACAAGUUUUUGGGAGCAUACAUCGGAGCCAUCACGCCAUUACAGAAAGCAAUUUUGAGUGGGCAAGAUGCGAUUGCAAAGGAUAUUCUGGAAAGAACGCUGAAGGAUGAUUUGGACAUUGCAUUCGGGGGAGGGAAUACCGCGUUACAUCUCGCAACGUUUCUCGGUGCGCGGGACAUCGUAAAAUCAUUACUGGAGCGUGGAGCAAAUAGAAAGCUUACGAAUGCAAAAGGAUUCGCGCCUAUUGAUGUAGUUGAUGACGCUGAGAUGAGGGCCCUUUUCGCGGACACCGCGCCAUCGUGAAGGAUAUCGAUAUCGAGCAUUACGGAUUUCAUUGUACAUACACUCUUGCUAAAGUCUGAGCUACAUAUCUGAGAUAUAUCCAAUACGCCACGUCAUCAGGUUCCAUCUCCACUACUCACCGGGGCCCCUGUAGAAUUCAGUCAU